AUGAGCUCCAGAGGGGCGCCUCUCUCAAGCAUCCGCUCAACCCAACCAAGAAGCACAGAUCCAAACUCAUUUCAGACCACAGCAUCAGUCAUCAAGUUUCGAUGUCUAUUCACUCACGAUCUGCGUCGCAAGUCCAAGCGAUGGCAAGAUGGAUAUCUACAAUACCAUACCUUUAAUAAACGAAUAAUGGUCUAUGACGAAAAUUCUAACUUUGUGGGAGACCAACAUCGACAGACUGUGAGCGAGCUGCAGGAAGGAGACGAAUUGGAACUAGAGAUGUGUCUCGUCGAGGUCGGCGAAACAAUGAGCACAACCCACUCUGAUAUUUCAAACUUUUUUGAAAAGAAAGGCCACACCCAGGGUUCACCACAGCCCCAAGGGCAGCAUACUCCACGCCCAUCGAUCUCGUCACAGCCGGUUCGCUCUCUGAAAGACCUCCUAAGUAUCAGAAAGACACCAACUGCGCAUCUUGCCUCACCAUAUGAAGAGCGACACCGAGCACCACCUUCACAGCCAUCGCAACUAUCACAAUCACCACAGCCGGAACGAGCAUUUAAACGACAAAAGACAGUACAGACUUCUUUCAACACCAGGGAACCGCUACCAGAGGUGGUAGAUUUGACCGGGUCGGAUAAAGAAGAUAGUGUAAGAAGUAAACAAGCUGUUUCAUCACCACGAGAACAAUUCCGGUCUCAACACAAACCGGCUCCAGCACAUCAGUUACCGCCGCCAUCUCGAGAGAAAUCGAAAAAGCCACCAGCAAAUCUAAGGCCUGAUCAUUCAAUAUUUGCGAACCCUGGUUUACCCGUUCCGCCACAAUCAGGACUACCUAGAGGCCGACCAAAUACUGCACCAGUGCAUCACAUACCUCCAUCAUCUCAAGAAAAACCAAAAGAAGCAUCAGCAAAGCCAGGGCCUGACCCUCCUAUAUUUGCAAAGCCCGAUUUACCAGUUCAGGCUCCACCAGGAGCACUUAGAGGCCGUCCAAAUGCCGCAGCUCGAAAUAAACUAAUUUACACUGCUCUUUUGCCUAUAUCAAAGUCUAUCAAUAAGCCAGUCAAAGAGCCAGACCCAAAAUCCAAUACGGAAUAUUUACCAUCAGCAUCAACACAAUUUGCUCUCGAAGUGACAGCCACAAGAAGACCUCUUGACACUUCACUUCGCAAAGCAACUUCAGGCCCCAGCGCAUUAACCAGACCAAGCAUCCAGACUGAACCCACUCUGCAAGAAUCCACAAGUGAAGGACCAUGGACCAGCGAGGCCCUGGAUCUUUUUGAUUUUUGGCAUCCAGAUCGACCCAAGCCUGGGUGA